AAGGCACCACCAAGCUCCAGCGACCAGAGAUCUUCGACUGCUAUCAGCCACUGCGAUCAUGUUCUUCGAUUGCGAUCUUGUUCUCGGACAUCAUUUGUCAUAUAGCAAUGUAGCAAUUUAUCACUUUCGGAUGGAAUGUGCACUGAUUCGUUCUAUUCGAGUUAGGUCUCGCACCACUAAGAGUUUGAGCUCCGCCAUGGCUAGUGGUGGACCUGGUGGUUAUGGUGGUGGACUUUGCACAAUUGAAAUAGAGAGAGAGAACGCGUAA